CGCAUCGAGUUUUCUGUCUCCAUUAUCAAUUUAUGCUGACAUCCGUGUCUAGGGAUGCAUUGCACGGAUGUGGAAGAGUUUCCACACCAUCGGCGCGACGGAGUUCGCGUUGCUCUAUUGUCCCUUCGGCCCCGCUUUCGUGCCCCGCUUCGUGCCGAGAGCACCCAUACACGAUCAGGCUAGACGCAGCGAAUCGCAUCAACUCCGAGUAGGGCAGAGGACAUACUUCAAUCUCGACUUCGAACGUGGUUCCGUGUCUCCUCAGGUCGCCAAGAUGGGGGACGGAAACGGGUGUAGAGAACAUCGAACGUCAAUUGAGUCGCGGAAUUCCAGUUCUAUCUCAUCUCCUCUUUUUGUGCCCUGCUCUCUGUCUUAUCGGUUGCGCCGACCUUCCAGAUUGAGGGGAGGAGUACUCGGUCAUGCUCCGGCGGUGCGAUACGAGAAGAAGCAGGGAUGCUGGAGGAAAGCGGGUAUUGAAUGGACGGACGUUGCUGAUGCUGCUAGCGACUCGGAGCCUUCGGGCGACUUCGAGGCCGAGUCGAGUUGUGGGAGUGCCCUAAGUUACUCUCCCUCCGCUGGGGCUCUCCGUCUUCUUGGGCAGUGGAAGAUGUACGAUUUGGGGACACUUCCUGCAUUGAGGCGCAAGGAGAAGCCGGUGAAUGGGAUGGUACACGUAAGCCGGCUUGACGAAGUGGGGGGGUGCAAUGUAUCCGAACUGAAGCGCAUCUCCCCGAAACAGAGUUGACUGUCCGUGGCAUAGGUUCUGACUCAGAGUUUCACGGCCAUUGCGCCUCGGCGGCAUUCCAUUAUGGUGCGCUCUCAUCCUCCUCAAUAAUCUUCGUGAGUAUCAACUUGAGCUUCUCACAUAUGCACAGAUGGAGCACAAUAUCCGCGCCUUACAAACGAG